UUUUGUGUGGAGAGGAAAAAACAGCUCCUUUUCUUUCUCCUUGUCUCUGUUUUUUUUUUUCACUCUUCUUUACUUUGUCUGAAUUUCUUUUUUUGUUUUUCCUCUCUUUUUGUGGUUUGAUUUCUUUGUGGCAUUUCAUCGAACAGAAGAGGGGUGUGUUUUUGUUUGGAUUAAUGGAAAUUCCGGUGAUGGAUUAGUAAUCUUCUAAUUUGUUUAAUCAUAAUCAUAAUCUUGAAUUAUGGAUUUUGAUGCCGGAAUUUCCUUGUCUGUUACUGAAGGACCUUCCUCUUUGUCACCCUCACUAGACCAAGACUCUUUGUGGCAAAUGAAUUUGAGAUCAAGGGAAUCAAUUGAGUCGGGACAUUAUCCUGUCCGUGAAGGCGAACCAGAUUGUUCCUACUACAUCAGAACUGGUCUCUGUAGGUUUGGAGCAACUUGCCGAUUCAACCAUCCUCCUAACAGGAAACUGGCCAUCGCCACUGCAAGGAUGAAAGGAGAGUAUCCAGAAAGACUUGGACAACCAGAAUGCCAGUACUACUUGAAGACGGGAACUUGCAAAUUUGGAGCCACUUGCAAAUUUCACCAUCCUAAAGACAAGGCUGGGAUUGCUGGAAGAGUUACCCUAAAUGUCUUGGGCUAUCCACUUCGCCCGAAUGAGACUGAAUGUGCUUAUUACAUCAGAACUGGACAGUGCAAGUUUGGAAGUACCUGUAAAUAUCACCAUCCUCAACCUUCUAACAUGAUGGUCUCCUUACGUGGUUCCCCUGUUUAUCCUCCCGUUCCUUCUGCAACAACUCCUGGUCAGCUGUCCUAUCCCUUGUCCAGAGGUUCUUUUAUCCCUGGUGCACGCUGGCAAAGUCCUUCAGGUUACACUCCAUUGAUAAUGCCUCAGGGAGUAGUAUCAGUUCCAGGAUUUGCAUACAGUGGUCAGAUGGGCUCAGUUUCUUCUCCCGAGGGCCAGCAACAGACAGCUGGAAAUAGCCAGGUCUAUGGAACUUCACGAUCCAGUGAUCCAGCAACCAUGGGAUCCCAAGGAGUUACUUCCCCAUAUCGUCAAGCUUCUGGUCCUAUGGGGUACUAUGCAUUGCAAGGGGAGAAUGUCUUCCCUGAACGACCUGGACAGCCUGAAUGCGAGUUUUACUUGAAGACCGGAGACUGCAAGUUUGGUGCUGUUUGUAGAUUCCAUCAUCCAAGGGAAAGGCUGAUUCCUCCCCCUGAUUGUUUGCUAAGUCCCAUUGGACUUCCUUUACGCCCUGGAGAACCAUUGUGUAUUUUCUAUUCCAGAUAUGGGAUCUGCAAAUUUGGCCCAAGUUGCAAGUUUGAUCACCCAAUGACGGUUUUCACUUAUAGUAUCUCAGCAUCAUCAUCUACUACUGAUGCUCCUACAGGUCAGCGUCUAUUGGGUUCAACCUCAGGAACCAGUGCGUUGAACUUGACUUCAGAAGGGCUUGUCGAAGCAGUGUCAACGAAGCCCAGGCGACUGUCACUCUCAGAAACAAGAAAGGGUGAUAAUAACAUUGACAGAGAGGGAUGAUAAUCUAUUCCCCAAUUACCAGCCAGCAUCAUCGUUUUCUAUCUUUUUGAGAACAAUAACAGUUGCCUGUAAAUUCUUUUCCAUCGGUGGAGAUGUACAGAAUCCAGUCAAAGUCAAUUUAUUCUUCUGAAAAUGCAUUUCGGUUGACAUAUCUGUACUUUCACUUUGGUGCAAUGUAUAAAUCUGCCGAUGUUGGCACAAAUUUGUGAAUCCAACUGUUAAUUAUUCAA